CGGGCGGCGCGGCCGCUGCGCUGCGGGAGCUGCCCCGGAGCGGCGCGGGGCUCGUCGGCCGAAAGGAUCAGGACCAGUUGAUUGGCAGUGCUGCACCCUUUUCUUCAUCCUAAAGUGCUCCUUGGAUGCUAACUGGUAGUUUUGGCUUCAGAAGGAUUACAAGACUAGGGGGAAUGCAUGAGGAACACUGAUAUGAAGAGAACUUCUGAAGGUCAUGCCAAUGAAAUUUGGCUAGUGGGGAAUCGCCUUCCAGAAUAGACUGCGGCCUCAGCCUUCCACUGAAACAGUUGCACAAGGUGAUGGCCGCGCUCCGCACGGACCAGGCGCGGCGCCGGCGCAGGUAGCGCGGCUCCAUGGAGGGCAGCGGCGCGGCCCCGGAGGAGGAGGAGAGCGGGGCUGCCAACGGCGCUCCCCCCCCGCCGCCGCCGCCCACGCCGGCCGCCCCCUGCGGCUUCAGCUCCUCCCUCUGCUUCAGCGCCGCCGCCGCCGAGCCGCAGCCGCCCGCGGCCGGCGGCCGAGUGGUGCAGAACCAGUGGGAGAUCAACAACGCCGCCUGCCAGCCGGAGGAGGAGGAUGAGGAGGUGGUGGGGCCGCGGGACCGGCCGCCGGAGGAGCCCGACCUGGUGAUCGAGGUGUCGGGCCGCCGUAUUCGGGCGCACAAGUCGGUGCUGGCGGCCAAGAGUGACUAUUUUCGUGCCCGCGCCUCACGGGACGUCCUGCGGGUGAAGGGCGUGAGCUACGGGGCGCUGCGGCUGCUCAUCGACUACGUGUACACGGCCCGCAUGGGCGAGGUGCGGCACGACAACUUGGCCGAGGUGGUGAGCGGCGCCCGCGUCCUGCAGAUGCCCUGUGCCCUGCACUGUGCCGCCGAGGCCAUGCGCGCCCAGCUCUGCCUCGGCAACUGCUACCAGCUCCUCUGCCUGGCCAAAAAGCAGCGGCUGGCCGAGCUGCGGGAGGCUGCCUAUCGCUUCAUGAGCGACCAUUACCUGGAGGUGCUGCGGGAGCCCAGCGUUUACGGGCGCCUCAGCGGCGCUGAGCGGGACCUCAUCCUGCAGCAGCGCAUGGAUGCCGGCCGGCCCUGCUUGCUGGUGGCCGAGGUCAGCGACGCCUUCGAGCGGCCGGGUGGUGGCAGCCGGCCACAGAGCCGCGAGAGCAGUCGGCCACAGAGUCCCUCCUCCGUGGUGUCGCUGGAGGAGAGCGGCUCCCUCAUUCACUACUACCAGGAGGGCAGCGGUGAGUGGAGGGUGCUGACCCGCCUGCCCGAGGAGGCCAACGCCAAGGGCUGUGCCAUGUGUGUCCUCCACAACUACCUCUUCCUUGCAGGGGGCAUCGUGACGGGGCCGGUGGGCACUGAGCCCAGGGCCCGCCUAUCCGACAAGGUCUUCUGCUACAACCCCCUGACUGACACCUGGAGCCAGGUGCGGCCGCUGGCUCAGCCCCGCUCGCAGCUCAAGCUGCUGGCCCUGGAUGGUUACCUCUAUGCCGUGGGGGGCGAGUGCCUCUUCACUGUGGAAAGGUAUGACCCGCGGGCCGACCGCUGGAGCCCUGUGGCACCUCUGCCCAAGGGUGCCUUUGCUGUGGCCCACGAGGCCACCACUUGCAACGGGGAGAUCUACGUGUCAGGAGGCUCCCUCUUCUACCGCCUGCUCAAAUACGACCCCAAGCGCGACGAGUGGCAGGAGUGCCCUUACAACAGCAGCCGGCGGCGCUCUGCUGACAUGGUGGCCUUCAAGAGCUUCAUCUACCGCUUCGAUGUGAGCAGCGGCCGCGGCGGGGAGCAGGGCCCGGGCACGGGCGGCGGCGUUGAGGUGUUCCGGUACAACACGGUGGCCAAGUGCUGGAGCCAGUGCGCCAGCCUGCGGCCCAGCGGCGGCCCCGUGCAGCCCUUCCGCUGCGCCCCCUUGGGCAACACCAUCUACUGCGUCAACCGGACCGGCACCCUCCGCUUCAGCCUCGCCCAGGACGGCGAGGUGGAAGCAGAUGGUGGGCUCAAGGGCACCUUUGAUGGGGAGCUUCUUAAAGCUCCCUUGGAUGCUAAGGGUGUCCUCCUGCCCUUCGUGCUUACCCUGCCUGAGAGGCUGGACAAAACAGGGGACCAGGAGGGCUCCCUCCCACUGUAAGGUGGCCAGCCUGGCUCUGGCCUCCUGAGAGGGGAGCUGGGUUGCAGAUACACAAACUCCCGUCUUCUCUGUUGUGUCUGCAGAGAAAAGGGACUUCCCCUUUCCUCCUCUGUGCUCUCAAGAUGUUGAGCUGGUUUUAACUCAGCUGUAACUGUUCUCAUGUUUGCUGGGCUUUGUGUGAAAAGCCAAGCACACAAAAGUAAAAGCUGCUAUAAAGGAUAAUCUCUGGAUUAUGUUUGUGCCAAUCCCCAAUCUGAGAAAAACGUUUUUAAACCUGGAUUUCUAAAAUAUUCUUGACAACAGUGUCAUAAUGGGACGUUAGUGUUGGUUGUGUGUUUACACAUAGUUGCAAUCUGGGCUGGAGCCUUUUCUGUCAUUUUUGGUUUUUUUCCCCUCUGGGAUGAUACUGAGGGAUAAACAUUGCUCCCAGCAUAGUUUAGCUGCAUUAAACCAACUAUUUCCUGUGUUUAAAAAGUAUAGGAAGAACAUCUCCAUCACAGCCUUUCAUUUCUGGUGCAAUAGAUGGUUUAAGGAAGUUGUGGCACUGUAUUAGUCCCAGGAAUUUCAACCACAGAUGAGGUUGAUGAGAUACCAAACUUAAUGUUUUAAGUAACACAAAUGUGAGCCACAUGUUUUACUUGGAAUGCAAAGAAAAAAGAAAAAAAAGUCAAGUUACCUUUCUACAAUGUGGCAUUUUAUGGUAGAUAUGAAAUGUUGAUAUGUUCUUUAAUUGAAAAGGCAAUGUUUUCUGUAUGAAAAGAUACUGUUUUAUUACUUUUCUUGAUCAGAGAUUUUGAAUUCAAAAUGAACUGAAGCUGUUCAAAUUGCAACCAAUUGACAUGACCAUGUAUGCCACUAGAGCUGGGGAAAAUCUUUCUACUUCAUAUGCUCUUUAAUUAACUGCAGGUUAAGGAAGGUUAACCUAAACCAACCUGUGGCAAAAGGCCUUUCCCACUUAUUUUCAAGACCAUCAAAAGGGGACAUGGAAAAUAGGAAUGUGCUACACAUACUAUAUUGUGCACUAGCAUGAUGUUACUUCCCUGUCUUUUGAGAGACUGCUUUAUUUAUUUUGAACUAAUGAUUGCUGUAAUCAAUAAGUCCUUGUUAAUUGCAGUACGUGCUGAUGGCAUAUGCUGUCAUUGUGAUUCUAAACUGCCCGAGAGUGCUGUUUGUGGGGCAGCAUCCAAAUGAGGCAAAACCAUACAAAACUUCUUCCUGCCUGUGGAAAGUUGGAGCACACUUUUUGUCAUGUUACUCAGAACUGGAAAACAUGAAAUGUCUACACAGACAGACUAUAUUGAAAAAGGCACAUGCAUUUAUUUUAUACAUUUUAUAUUUUAAAAAAAUCAGUAGGCAAGGCAAAUGUUUUAGCUUUAUGGUAAAUCACUGAGAAACCUUUUCUGAAAAAGGAACCUGUGUUUUUGCUGGUACAAUGCUGAACAUUCAGCAUGGAACUCGCAUGGACUGUGGAAGAGAAUUGUUUAUACUCGAAGCUCUAGUAUAGAUUCAUAUUUUAGAAAGACAUAGGGACCUUGCAUCAAAAAAGCAGAUAUUUUUAUGUUUUAUUAAGAUGUUUUUGUUAAACAGGACUUUAGCAUUCUUAUACAUAAUUGCUAGUUCCAAAGGAAGGCAGCAGGCUCUGUCCUAUGAAACACCAUCUUACAAAAGAGAAUAGUGAACUUCAUAGAUACUUCUUUCUUUCUCUUUAUUGUUUGUCUGUUUUGGUUUGGUUUGGGUUUUGUUUUUUUUUUGUUUUUUUUUUCUCUUCUCAUUGCUGUUGUACAGGGUUUUAGUGCAGCUGAUCUGGUUAGUCAUUCUAUAGAAAACAGUGGUCCAGUCCUAAAGGUUCUUAGCCAAGUGAGCCUGUUCCCUAGUGAGCUAAUUAAAGCAUCAGCCAGGCAGGAGCUGUAGGCCUGCAGAGUGUGACAUUUAUCUUAGCCUCAGUACAGGUUGGUGCAGUGGAAUUUAACAUCCUUCACAGAAUAUUUGAUUUAAUUCUCAGAUGAGCAUCCUUGGAAAUAUUGCCUCUAGAUUAAAUUACAGCGUUGUAGUUUGAGCAGGAAAGAAAAAUUACAUGUUUGCUUUCAACAUAAUUUUUAUGUUAACUGUAGAAAGUAUUUCAAGCUGUGUAAUGCAAGGCUUAGAUGCAUACUUAAACUAGAGAUGUUAGUGCUAGGUCAGAUUUUGAAAUAGUAGCGUCACCAGGAACACAAGGAAACGUCUGUUUUAUCUUGCACUACAAGGCAAUUUCAUAGUUCAAAGACUUAUGUAGUAUAGUUCUUAUACUACAGUGUAGUGAGGUAUCAAGCCAGGUUUUGCAUUCCUGUUAAUUAAGCAUUUUCAUUCUGCUAAUCCAUGAAAAUGCUUCUAAAUGAGUUUUGGGAAGUUUCCAUGGUUUAAGAUGUGACAGUAAUCCACAAACUUUUGGGAUAGAAUGAACCAUAUCCUUUCUUCCAAUAUUAUUUGCUGUACACUAUGAAGAAAUACAUUUCUACAGUAAUAAGUGUUCAAGAAACCUGAAGUGGUUUGUGUUUUUGUUAGCUCCUAUUUUUUAAAAAAGUUGAAUCAAGUUCUUACCUGCUUUCACUGUGUGCACAGUGUCAGUGGGGAGAGUCUGGGCUUCAUUAGUAGCUGUCUAUCAAUUCUGUUUCCUUUGUACACUGCGUAGUCACAGCCUGAUGAUUAACAACAGAGUCAUGUUUCUAGCCAGAUUUCCUUCCCUGUGGCCUCUGUUUCCUCCCUGGUAGGCCUGAGGCAGGUUUGCUGGGAAUUGCUUUUUUUCUCCCCCAGGUUUGCUGAGAAUUGUUUUCUCCCCCAAUUCCAUCUUCACAAAGAAACCUCCUCCCGCCUGCCCCCAAACUUGGGUACUAAAACCAUAACUUAGAUAGUCUUCAGGCAUUAAAAGACUGAAAUUGUCAUUCCAGAACCCUCUAGUUUUACUUAAACCUGGCACAACUGUCUGUUUGACAUGUGGAGCUGCUGAGCAGUUCCCCUCCACCCAUUUGGAGCUGCUCAGAGCAGUUCCACACCUGCCUACCAAGUGGGAUACCCAGAAACCACUGAUGUAAUAGGGUUUAAUUUAGGUACAAACCAAAAGGCCAGGCCACCCGCAAGUUGUGUUUGCAUGUGUGUUUUGCUUUUAAAUCAGCCAUUUUCUCUAGAGAAGCCUGAACUGUACUGUAUUUGCAUAGGAACACGGAGACCUGUGUGUGCUUUCUUAGCCUCCAAGCAUUCAGUCCACAUCUCCCACCCUCUGCUUGGUUGUCAAUGGAUUAAAGGAACUCUUGGAGUUAGACAAGGUAGUCAUCCUCACAGAGUGAUCUGAGACCAGCUAGACAGACAUAGUCUGCCCUGCUGUCUUUCUUCCCCCUGAAUCUUACAGUCCUCCCAUUUUAAUGGGACAUGCAGGAGAUGGUUGCCCUAAUUUUUCAGGGAGUAAUUUUUCCUCCCUAGACUACUCCUGUUUUCAAGGUUGUCUGCUAGGGAAUUUAGGCUUGAAUUCCCAUAAGCUUAGUGAGGACUGAACUGGGGCCUUGCAGUUCAUGUGUGUGUGUUCUCAAACCUCGAUGGCUGCUCAGGAGGUACAUGGGGACCACAUCCUGUGGCUCUUCCUCAGGGGUGAGCUUGAGCUUCAUGCAGCCCUCCAAAAGCUCACACACAGGCUCCUGUACAUUGAGUUCUGAGUAGAUUCCAGGCUCCACCUCCUCGAUGGGUAAUUCAGCAUGGAUCUUGUAUGAGUUGAUGCAAUCAGAUGUGUUUUCUUUGGAAAGCUUUUGCAGACAGGCUCACCAGUUUGAGGUGAGCUCCUCUCUAUGCUGUACUGGGCAGCCAGACAGGUAAUUUGGAUUCUUCUCAGGGGUACCAUGUUAGUAAAGAGGCAUUGCAGUCCCUAACAAUGAUAUGCCUAAAGCCUUCAUUGAACCUAAAACUAAAUCCCGAUUUCAAUAAAGAAAUGUGAUUAACAGAUGAAACUUUACUGUUUCUAUCUACUAACUGGUUCUGUAAAAUAGAGAUCUUAAUUGCAGCAAAAGCAUGUGUACAGAUUCUGUUUACACUUGAAACUAAGUCAGAAAAGUAAUUGGCAAAAGAAUAAUCCUGUUUGAUCAAAACUGGCACUGUUAAGCAACGUGGGGAGGAUGUUAGUCUUACCCUAGUAAUGGCUAAAAAUGUGCAGUUGCUGAUGUAAAUUCUAUCCACAGAAAGUUUCUUUGUAAAUCAAUACCUGGUAAAAUUUAAAGUGAUGAAAGAAUAAAUUACUCACAUGAAAGCCA